CUAAGGCAAAAAAAGAGAAAAAAGUCUGGAACAAAGCCUCUCUUUAAACAGCAAAAUGUCAUCUUUACACUUUGUUUAUUGUAUGGGUUAAACAAAGGAACAAGAGGUGAUGAGGUGUAGCUGUCUGGUCAGCCACAUCUUUAUGACAACUACCAACAAACUGGGAGCUCGUUUCCAAUGGAAAUACAAGUCAAGUGGAAAACAAGCCUUUGCUCACAGCUACUGAGAGGAACCGUUGCCGCUGCGCAGAUGACAGACUUCAUGAAGGUGAUCCCGGUGAUACUCGUCCAGCCCACAUGUUACGGAGAGAAAAGAGCGAAAGACGUCCAGUUCCAGUCAACCUGUAACCUGUGCAGAGAGAGCCACAAAACUCAGGUCUGGCUUUGUUUCUUAGUUCUGAGCUUAUUGAGUACAUCUAUGUAUGCUGCUUCUGUGCCUGGUACAGACAUUGUACAGACUUGCUUGGAGAAGCUAAAACACACCAUUGAGAAAUCUGACGCUAUGCUGUAUGCUCCAUCAAGGAAUGACUAUCACGGGAACUGUAAAAAUAUGACUCUCAAAUGUUACAUGUUGGAGUUGAUAAUGGUCCUCAAUGAAGAAGAAAUUGUGGAUAAUAAAGUAGACUGCAUCCUUGAUUUCAAUGCAAAACUGCUUGAAGAUCAAUCAGAUCAGAACAAUACUGGCUGUCUACCAUGCGAAGCACACUCACUUAAAAAUAUUACAAUAUUCCUGGACAGACUAAAAACCCUUUUGGAAGAAAUAACUACGGAGGGAAACUCUUAACACGCAAUAUGAUGUAAAUACUGUAAGCUACAAAUGUGUAUUUGUAUAUAUUUGUAAAGAAUUGUGGCUCUGUUUUGAUUGUGUAAAUAUCACAUAACAUUUUGAAUGUAUAGGAUGACAGUACUGUGUUUACCUAUGCAGAUUAAGCCUCUCAGUCACUGUGCCUCACAAUCAUCCUUUAAGUUGUACAGGUUUGAAAGAUGUAUCAGGAAGUAGCAUACAGUAGCAGCAUGUACUGUGCAGUAUAUACAGAAUGUGGGAAGCAUGUAAAUAUGGGCCUUUUUGCUUUUAUUUUGAUAGUGGAGCCGGAGAUAGACAUCAAAGUAUUUUGAUAAUGUAGCUGGAGAUAGACAGGAAGGGGGGAGAGAGAGGGGGUGACGUGCAGAAAAGGGCCACAGGCUGGAUUCAUUCAAACCCAGAUGCCCAUGUAAGGACUCAGCCUUGGAUCACUGCUAAACACUAAUGAAUGUAAUACCUAUUACUACACAGUAAAUGGCUAAUGAACUCCAGUAUCUUGAGAACAGUUACUCACUCCAGUAAAUAAUAUCCAAACUGUA